UCCACAGGUGUUGGCACACAAUCACACAACAGGUCGGGAUACAAAACGUAAGACCGGUACGUCUCAGUGUCCCUGUGGUCUGAGAUGGCAGCCUUUAGCAUGAAGACCUGCCUAGUCCUUCUGGUCAUUUCUCCCCUUCUCUCUCUGGCCAGGGUGACUACAUUCAGCCAGUGUCCUGACUUCUUUGUGAACGGAGUGAGCCCCACCGUCCUGAGGGACCCCAGCAACAACAACCGCUAUCAGCAGAUAUGCCAGUGCCUCCCCGACCAGAACGGGCGGGCGCAGUACUUUUACGCCACGCUGUACGACACUCAGAACAAGAUACCCGUCUAUUCUGCUUAUACUCUCAGCCACGCCGAUAUUGACAGGGACGACCGCUGGUAUGUUGAACCACAGAUUGACGGUGGCAAGACGGAGUGUAUGGGAGGACAAAACCAGAUCCCCAUGAGCAACAGAGGACAGAGGCAGGCUCUGAAGAGGGACUACGACGGCUCCGGCCACGACAAGGGCCACCUGUUCCCAGUCUUCCACACGUCCACCACCGGCGCCAUGCUGGCCACCUCCACCCUGACCAACGCCGCCCCGCAGGACCCCACCUUCAACAGGGGCCGGUGGAGGAUCCACGAGGAGGAGGUGGUGGAGCUGGCGGAGGACUGCCUCGAAGCUUUCAUGGUCACUGGGGUCGUGCCCGGGAGCGGGCACAUCGGGGACGGAGUGAGGGUGGCCAAGUACUACUGGAGCGCCCUCUGCUGUCUGAAAGAGGAAGGGCAUCGCUCUCGAGGGUUCAUAGGACCAGAUAACAAUGGGCAAGUUCAAGAGUUAAGUGUGAAGGACUUGGAGAAGCGGUUGAGUAGGUCGGACCAUUUCAACACCGCUUUUACUGUCUUCAGGGGAGGAUGCUAAUCAUUGCAUGGUCGUAGCUUUGUCUUAUGGAUGACGUGAGUUGUAUGUUUUAUUUGCAAUAAAUAAGGUAUAUUGUAUUUGGCAUAUUACAUUUUUUAUAUGUAUGUUUUGGCCAUGCAUUGCAUUUUAGGAAUACUUUAAAUGUGAUUUAAUCUGUGUAAAACGAAACAAUGAUGAGAGCUUAUGUAGUUACCACAUGGAAUUUGUGCUUUGCACUUUAACUUACCAGGACUGCCUUUUCUGCAGGGCCGGCGUAUUCACUAACAAUGUAUAAUCGUCCAUCACCUGCCAGUAGUGCCAACCCAUUGUUUAAAAAGAUGGAUGCAUAUGU